AUGGAUUGCAUCUGCGCGAAAGAACACGUAUUCGUUGGCCUAGAUUUUGGAACAACGUUGGUCAAAGCCUUCAUCCACUGGCAUGCUUCAGAUAUGCUAACGCAAUCAUAUAACACAAGCCGUUCCGGAUCCUAUGCCACUCUUGCACGGGUUUGCCGGGAACAUGGUUUGUUUCGGGUUAUCAAACGAGCUUGGGUCAGCAAGUUCCCGACAAAGUUUAAGCUCUCUGAUGAUAAUCGAAUCGAGAUGGUGGCCCCAGACCAGGAGGUUCCAGAGGGAUACUUGGUACAACAUGCGAAACUAGAGAUUCUGUUCUCUGACUUGAGUAGGUUCGAGAAGACGGACGACUUCAAUGAAAUCCAGUCAUGGGUCAAAGAGGGUUGGCGAAAAGGCGCCCGUGCUGGCUACGUCGCCGAGCAUUUCGGUGUCGCGGUUAAGACGCUCUUCGAGCUAGUCUUGGAUCAACUUAAAGAGCCUCAUAUUCCCAGGGAAUCCAUCACUAUAGUGGUGGCAUUUCCCGUUCUAACAGACAAGAUCAAGGACUUGCUGAAGAUGGGACUGAACUAUUCCAACAUCUCAUCUUAUUGCCAGGAUGUGCAUAUUGGCUUAGAAUCCCAUGCUGCAUUGGCAAGUCUUCUUUCCAUCCGCCCCGAGAGUGCUCAGGUGGCUCUCACGAGACAUGAGUCAAUAAUUGUCGCCGACUGCGGCGGUAUCACAUUGGAUAUAUCGGCAUUUAGAUCCUCCAGCACAAACAAGACAGAGGUUGUCUACACGUCAAUACUUGGAGGUGGUAUUUGGAUAGACUACAACUUCGAGAAGUUGCUUGACGAAAGAUUGGAUGCGCUCAAGCCUGAUAUCAUGAUAUCAGAGCCGGACGAUGGAGAGGUUGAGAGCUUUAGAUCCUGGCUUGUCUUCCUGACCGGCGGCUUGGGUCGCUCUCCGGCUGUCCGAGAACUGGUCCAAAGGAUCCUGGACACCAAGGUCAAGCGCGGCGAGCGGGCAAUGCGAAUUGACAGCACUACGGAUUUGGGCUGCAUGUGGAACGCAGUGGCGAGAGGAGCGACACACUACUUCGACCCGAAUAUCCCGGUCACUAGCCCCACGUGGCAGCCAUUUGCCAAAGCUUGA